ACUCAUAUCCUGUUUCUUACAAGUAUCAUAUAUAAUUUUGGUCAUAUCAAACCAUAAACCAACAGCUCUUCAAAUGAUAAAGUGUCACAGAAAUGCACAGGACGCUGUCGGCCUCUAAACGGAAGUUCUGAAGAAGAAGAAUUUAUGUUUUAACCACAAUAAACAAAUACUAAAUCAACAAAAAACAGAAAAAUGUUUUUUAAAAAUUUAUAUUAUACAAUACUUUUUAUUGUACUAAAUUUUAUACUCAUUAUUAAGGUUGAUUCAACAAUUCCUAAUAAAUCUAUACAAAGUAAUGAGGAAUGUGUUACUAAUAUAGUAAAUAAAUAUUCAAAAGAAGCAAAUACAAAAUAUAUUAAAUACUUAAAAUUGAUUGACCAAGCCAGACGCAACUAUAAACCAUGUAAUGAAAACAGAUGCAAUUGUCAUGCUGGUGUAAUGUCCCACGAUUUAAAAAUUUUUAAAGAAAAAGGAAUAUCUGAAAAACUUAUAAAUAAUAUAAAAUCAAAAGGUACAAAAUAUCAAAUAAUCAAUCAUAAGCUCUACAGGGAUCCUAAUUGUAUGUUUCCUUCGAGAUGUGUUGGUAUUGAACAUUUCUUACUGGAAAUUGUAUCAGAUCUACCUGAUAUGGAAUUUAUUGUGAAUACAAGAGACUGGCCACAAAUUAAUAAAAAAUAUGGUUUCUUUGGACCAGUCUUUUCCUUUAGUAAAACAGAUGAGUAUUUUGACAUAAUGUAUCCUGCUUGGGCUUUUUGGGAGGGUGGACCAGCUAUAAGUUUAUAUCCAAGAGGAAUAGGGAGAUGGGACAAUCAUAGAUCCAAAUUAGGAAAACUAGGCAACUUCACUAAAUGGGAUGAUAAAAUUCCGAAAGCAUUUUUCAGAGGAUCCAGAACGUGUUCUGAGAGAGAUCCAUUAGUCUUGCUGUCCAGAGAACAUCCUGAUAUGGUUGAUGCCCAAUACACAAAAAACCAGGCUUGGAAAUCUGAAGAGGAUACUCUCAAUGCUCCGCCAGCCAAAGAAGUGUCGUUUGAAGAACAUUGCAAAUAUAAGUAUUUGUUCAAUUUCAGAGGCGUAGCGGCUAGUUUUCGAUUCAAGCACAUUUUACUGUGUAAAUCCCUGGUGUUCCAUGUUGGCAACGAAUGGCAAGAGUUCUUUUAUUCUGCUCUAAAACCGUGGAUUCAUUACAUUCCAGUCAAUUCCGACGCUACUAAAGAGGACCUAAAGGAACUUUUAGAAUUUGCUAUUAAUCAUGACGAACUAGCUAAAGAGAUUGCCGAAAACGGUUACAAUAUGAUUUGGAAUAAUCUCAAAAUGAAAGAUAUAACUUGUUAUUGGAGGAAGCUUUUAAAGAAGUACGCUUCAUUGAUGACAUAUAAACCAAAACGAGACCAAUCUUUAAUAAGGAUUAAACAGUAAUUUAAGAAUAGAAUAAUAGAAUUAAAACUGCUAAAUUUAGAGCUGUAUUUUAUGUUCCCUUGAAUAUAUUUUUAUAUUUUCGUUUUAGAAAAAAGUUUAAAUAGGUUUUAAUAACAUGCUUGGUGCAUUCUCCGCCGGUACUGCCACCGCCCGGGAAUAUCGUAAAUAUGGAAUAGAUACAACGGUUUAAAUGGCGAGUGAACGAAAAAAUUAGUAUAAUAAUUAUUCUAAAAAUGUUAGAAAGUAUAAUUUCUGAAAAUUCUAAACAAAAAAAUAAAUAGGUAAAUAUUUUGAUAUCUUUAGAAGGUCUGACUU